CCCCUUCCUUCCUUUCCCGCCGGAGUAAUUCCGAGGAUGAGGAUGAGGAGGGGGAAGGGAGGAAGCGAGAGAAGCGCUGCGGGUCUGGCUGCCUCCGAGCCGUCGCUUGCGUGAAGCCGAGGCGGGCGGAGGAGCCUUAGAAGAGCCUCCCCAUCCCCAAAAGCGGCAGAAGCAGCGGAAGGUCUCCCGCCAGAUGAGAGAGCUGACAUUAGGAAUCGGAUACUUCAUGAGUGACUUUUUCUGAUGUGGACAUGAAUCUCUUCUUGGAAAAAUGUUUGAGUCUAUAACUGCUGGAUAGUGAUGAGCGAUAGUCUAUAGGCAACAAGAUGCGAUUGCCACCACAGAUGGUUCUGAAGAGAAAUGAUGUUUGAAAGGACAGUCUUUUAAUAGUUCCUGUGUGGGGAUCAAAAUAGAAAAUUAUGAUAGCUACUGGGGGAGUCAUAACAGGACUGGCUGCCUUAAAAAGGCAAGAUUCUUCCAGGUCCCAACACUAUCUCAAUCGUGCAACAUCACCAGCUCCUGAGGAGCAGAAACCAGUCAAGCGUCGACCAAGGACAGAUGUGGUUGUAGUCCAAGGCAAAAUCCGGCUAUAUUCCCCAUCAGGAUUCUUCCUUGUCCUGGGAGUGCUGAUUUCUUUCCUGGGAAUUGCUAUGGCUAUUCUUGGUUACUGGCCCCCAAAAGACUCAUUCCUAGAGCCUGAAGACAGCUUGUCACUAAACGAGACUCGAUUAAUAGGAAAAGAAGAUGGGUUUAUUAUGCGCUUCCUUGAGCAGCAUUUACAUUCCGACAAAAUGAAGAUGCUGGGGCCUUUCACUAUGGGGAUUGGAAUAUUUAUUUUUAUUUGUGCAAAUGCCAUGCUCCAUGAAAACCGGGACAAGGAGACAAAAAUUAUACACAUGAGGGAUAUCUAUUCCACUGUAAUUGACAUCCAUGCUCUGAGAAUCAGCGAGCAAAAGCAGCUGAACGGUGCCUACACCGGCUUAGCAGGAGAGAAUGAAAUCAAGCAUGGUGGAAGCUCUUGUGCAUCACGGCUGGCUGCAAAUACAAUUGCUCCUUUCUCAGGCUUUGCAAGCAACUUCCACAUGGUUAGCAAUGAUGAAGAGGAUGAAUUUGCUGGAAAUGAGACCAAGAAAUCAAUCCCAAAUCUUAUGUCACCUUUGCUGAUGGAACACUCUGGUUCAGUCUUUGGCCUUUACCCUCACUCUGGGAAAGCCAGGGAUGAAAGAAGCAGCAGCUCUCUGAAGUGUGAAACAAAAUCGAUUGUGUCAUCUUCCAUUAAUGCUUUCACAUUACCCGUAAUCAAACUGAAUAACUGUGUUAUUGAUGAGCCAAGUAUUGACAACAUCACUGAGGAUUCAUCAAGGAGUAGAGACAGACCUAGAAAUUUGUCCAUGGAUUCUUUAGCUCUGCCAUUAAUGAAUACCAGUGAUAGCUACAAAUCUGCCAGUGCUUUGUUACCACGGAACAAUUUAUAUGGAGACUCUUCCUUCAGUCAGUUCAAAUCUUCAAUGACUCUCGGAGCCAGCACCGGACAACUCUUAUCACCUGGUGCAGCCAGAAAACAGUUUGGGUCCAACACCUCUUUGCAUCUCUUGUCUGCACAUUCAAAGUCCCUAGACUUGGACAGAGGUCCUUCUACUCUCACUGUCCAAGUUGAACAAAGAAAACAUCCAAGCUGGCCACGACUGGACCGGAGUAACAGCAAAGGUUAUAUGAAACUAGAAAACAAGGAAGAUCCUAUGGAUAGACUUCUUGUACCACCAGCUACAGCGAAGAAGGACUUUACUAAUAAGGAAAAACUGUUGAUGAUUUCCAGAUCUCACAAUAAUUUGAGUUUUGAGCAUGAUGAAUUUUUGAGUAACAAUUUAAAGCGUGGCACUUCAGAAACAAGAUUUUGAUGGUCAGAUGACUAUGGUUAAUAUAUUUGACAGUAUUUAUUUUAUAAAAUAAACAUUUAAAACCCUCCC